AUGGAGGCGCAGUGCGAUUACUUCAUGUACUUCCCGGCCGUGCCCUUCCCGGCCCGGGAGCUGCUGCGGGGGGAGCCGGGCCGGUACCGGGCCCUGCCCCGGCGCAACCACCUCUACCUGGGCGAGACCGUCCGCUUCCUGCUGGUGCUGCGGGGCCGGCCCGGGCCGGGGGGCGCCCGCACCCCCUGGGGGGAACUGGGCUCCUCCCUGGCCGCCCUGGCCAGUGUCAGCCCCGGGGGGGUCGACCCAGGGGGCGAGGGGGACGGGGAGCCACCUGAGGAGCUGGGCGGGGACGGGGACUCGCCCCCUCCGCCCCCCGGCUCCUUCCGGGACUGCCGGCCCCUGCUGACCCACGGCCAGGGACCCCUGGGGCGACCGGCCGCCGGGAUACCUGUGGAGGAGCCGAUUGUCUCCACGGACGAGGUCAUUUUCCCGCUGACGAUUUCCCUGGACAACCUGCCCCCCGGGACCGUCAAGGCCAAGAUCGUGGUGACAGUGUGGAAGCGGGAGCAGGAGGCGCCGGAGGUGCGGGAACGCGGGUACCUGAGCCUGCUGCAGAACCGGGCGCCGGCCCAGCUCUUCCGCGAGGAGCAGGGGGCCUUCAAAGCCCAAGUGAGCACCAUGCUGACCGUGCUGCCCCCUCCAGGGCUGAAAUGCCGCCAGCUGAACGUCUCCGGGAAAUACCUCACCGUGCUCAAGGUGCUGAACGGCUGCUCCCAGGAGGAAAUCUCCCUGUGGGAUGUCCGCAUCCUGCCCAACUUCAACGCCAGCUACCUGCCCAUGCUGCCCGACGGCUCCGUGCUGCUGGUCGACGACGUCUGCCAUCACUCGGGCGAGGUGCCUGUCGGCGCCUUCUGCCGCAUGGCCGGCGCCGGCUCCGGCUGCCCCUGCGCCCUGAGCGCCCUAGAGGAGCAGAACUUCCUCUUCCAGCUGCAGGCGCCCGAGCGGCCCCAGGAGGACACCAAGGAGGGUCUGGAGGUCCCCCUGGUGGCUGUGGUUCAGUGGUCGACACCCAAACUCCCCUUCACCAGCAGCAUCUACACCCACUACAGGCUGCCCAGCAUCCGGCUGGACCGGCCGCGGUUCGUGAUGACGGCUGCCUGCGAGUCGCCCGUAUCCCUGCGCCGACGCUUCACCGUCACCUACACCCUGCUCAACAACCUGCAGGACUUCUUGGCCGUGCGGCUGGUCUGGACCCCGGAGAGCGCCACGGCGGGUGGGCGGGGCUGCAGGGGCCUGGUGGUGUGGUGUGGGCGAGACCACAGCUG